UCAACAAAAUGUGAUGAGGAAAAUUAAUGAACUGAUUCUUAAAUACCUGAUAUUCACAACCAUAAUUAUUAAUAAACCAUCCAAAAAAAGUCAUCUUUGAAGCAACCAAUGGAAUUUAUUUCAUGGAAAAAGUUCUAAAAACUGUCUUCCGCAAGGCAGACAAUUCAGUAUGCGACAAUGAAUGUAUCAGAAGACAAUAAAGAAGACAUUUUAUUCUAUGUUCUCAAUGGAUAUGGAGUUACAGUUUCCUACUUAAUCAUAAACAUCGUUACAACAAUUCUAGGUGUUAUGAUUUUAUUUCUCAAUUUUCUCGUCAUCGACACGAUACGACGAAAACAUGAACUGACGAAUACAGCAGAUGUCCUUUUACUUAGUCUGGCAUUAGCAGAUUUUCUGACGGGAAUUUUGGUGCUGUAUAAUACAGUAUACACGAUGUCAAAUUUCCAGAAUACUUUAGAGUGUAGAUUUAGAUACAGUCUUUUACUUACAGUGGCCAUAUCAUCGGGUUUUCAUCUGUUAGCGCUGACUGUUGACCGUUACAUUAAAAUCAUAAAACCCUUACAUUACAGCAGACUGUGUAAAAGAUCAACGUUUCUGACAACGUGUAUUUCUGUAUGGAUAUUUGCUAUACUUAUAGGAUUAGUACCAACAUUUGGAUGGAAAAACAAUUUUGAGGAAACCAAUGGGGAUGAUCUAUUGUGUAGUUUCUUUGGCACCCUGCAUGAAGAUUAUCUUCGAAUGGUUGUAGUUUUAUUUUUUAUACCAGUCAUUUUGAUGCUUAUUCUCUACAGCCACAUUUUCAAAGUGGCACACAGACAUUCCCGACAGAUAGUCAUACAGGAAAGAAUGGUACAUCCACAUGCCAAGGAUAAAUUAUCAUGGAAAUUUACCAAAACAAUCAGUAUUAUUAUAGGAGUAUACCUUCUUAUGUGGCUUCCUACAGGUAUUUUGGUGAUCUUGAAUGUGGAGGGAAAACUGUACCAUAAAUCAAAUUCAGACAAGGGAGUAAUUCUAAUAUAUACGUCAGGAUUGGCUUUCUUCAACAGUCUAUUAGAUCCAAUCAUUUAUGCCUUUCAAAUAUCAUCAGUGAAAAGGAGAUUCAAGUCAGUGUUUUGCUGCAAGAAACAGAAUUCUGUCCAAGAUCAAAUUUGUACAGUUGGAUACACAACAAAUAUGGUACUCAUUAAAAGUGGUGUUCAUGUCGAAACAAUUAAUACUUGAUAUUCCAAAGAAUGUAAAUCAGU